UUCGAAAUUUAGUUCGACUUGAAAUCGAAACUGAUCAACUUCAAUCAUCACAAAAAAAAAGACUCGGUGAAAUAAGUGACAAUCGGGAUGGAGGAAACAAAAAUUAACUAUUUUCGCCAUUUUUUGGUGAUUGUUGUGAUUUGGUUGUCAAUCAAUUCUAGUGCUACUGGCCAAACCACUGUACGCCCAAUUCAACAGCAGCAGACUACCACUACAAGACCAAUUCAACCUGGUCAACAACAAACUACCGCAAGACCAGGAACUGGGAACUCGAGUGGAAAUAUUGUUGUGAAUCUUCAAACACCGCCAAGCACCGAUUCCAACAUUCUCUCAGUUAUAGUUGCUCAUGCAGCAGAAGAAGGCACAGUUCGCCCCAUUGUGACGGCCCCCACCAGUUCUAGGCCUAUAGUGACCCAGCCCACGACCAGCCGUCCAAUUGCUACAAAACCUACGACGAGUCGACCAAUACAAACUCAGCCAUCUUCCGCAAAACCAAUUGCGACUAAUCCUACGACUAGCCGACCUAUAGUGACCCAGCCCACUACAAGCCGACCUAUAGCUACCCCAAACCAAUUGUUACCAAUCCCACUUCGAGCCGUCCGAUCUUGACAACUAUACCGGUAAGAACAACCACUGCUCCCUCCUGUCCUCUUGUCAACAUUAUGGCAUUAAAAACCGGCUAUUUACCGAUCAUAAAUAAUCCAUGCCAAUAUGUGGCAUGCAUUCGAACUGGUGAUAUACUUUACUGUUCCAUAGUGAAAUGCGAUCCUGGAUAUGCAUUCUCUGUGCCGGCCAACCAAUGCUUACCAUCCCCUCUAUGCGCACUACGACCCACAUAAAACGACCGCUAAUCGAAAUCGGACAUGAUGAACAACCACGGACACUUCAAUUCUACCAAUAAUACACCAUAUACAAUACUAACGCAUGAGAUAUUAAAGUUGUACAUUUUUAUUGUUUACAUAGGCCCCAUCAUUUUCAAGUGACUGAUUAAAAUAUUACUAUUGCACCAUGAAUUGAAA